AUGCAUGGUCUAAGUCUAUGCAGAGCGAUAGAUUUAACUGUUCUUGAUGGAUACAAUGCGUUGAUGAAAGAAUUGGACAAACUCUUUGAUCUCAAAGGCGAGCUGUGUGCCGGCCAUUUAUGGGAAAUAGUCUAUAUAGACAAUGAAGGAGAUAUGAUGCUAGUCGGGAACGAUCCAUGGCCUGAGUUCUGCAACAUGGUGAAGAAACUAAUCUUAUAUUCAAAAGAGGAGGUUAAGAAAAUGAAGUCAACAAACGAUUCUUCUAAAGGUGAUCAACUUUAA